AUGGAACUUAUUGGAAAUGAUAAAGUCGGAAUUUUGAGCGAAAAGUUUGAUGUCAAACAAUUGGCUCGAGAUAUUGCGACAAAUAAGGAUUUGCAACUCAAUGAUUCGUCUUUUAUGGUUGUCAGCAUUGACAAAAUCAUUGAGAGAUUUCAACUUUGGAAACAACAACUUCCAAUGAUCGAACCAUUUUAUGCUGUCAAAUGCAACACUGAUCCAGUUCUUGUGAGAAUUCUUGCAACUCUUGGAUGUGGUUUUGAUUGUGCAAGUCGUGAAGAAAUCGACAUUGUUAUGAAUACUGGUGUCACAGCUGAUCGUUUGAUCUACGCAAAUCCUUGCAAGACAAGAAGUUUCAUUGCUCAUGCUAUGCAACGAGAUGUCCGUAUGAUGACUUUUGAUAAUGCUGAAGAGCUCGUCAAAGUUGCCAAGCUUCAUCCAAAUGCUGAGUGAGUUUUUAUUUCGAAAUGUUAUGUAACAAUAAAAAUUCAAAUUUGUUUCAGGAUGAUCCUCCGAAUCGCUGUCAGUGAUCCAACUGCAACUUGUCCACUUAACUUGAAAUUUGGUUGUGAUCCAGUUCUUGUCGCUCCUCAACUUCUCAAAAAAGCUUACGAUGAGGGAGUCAACGUAGUUGGAAUCUCAUUCCAUGUUGGAUCUGGUUGCAAUGACGCCACCGCCUACAAAGUCGCUCUUCAACACGCAAAAAAUCUCUGCGAAAUUGGAGAAGGUUUUGGAUUCAAGAUGGAUAUUAUCGAUAUGGGAGGUGGUUUCCCAGGAUCGGAACAUAAGAAUUCAUUUGAAAACAUUGCUCAAGUUAUCAGAGAAGCUAUUGAUGAAUUCUUCCCAGAUACUGAGAAACGUUUGAUCGCCGAACCUGGAAGAUUCUUUGCUGCCGCUCCAUUUAGUUUGGUUGCCAACAUUAUCCACGCCACUGAAGUGCCAGCAUCAAAAAUCACCAAAAACGAAAAAGACGGAGGUGAUUCAGGAUAUAUGUACUACAUUAAUGAUGGAGUGUACGGUUCUUUCAAUUGCAUUCUUUUCGAUCAUGUUCAUCCAACUGGAGGACCACUUUUCGACCAAGAUUCUGAUCAAAAAUUCGUCUCAACAAUUUGGGGACCAACUUGUGAUAGUCUUGAUUUGGUUGAAGACAAGAAAAUGAUGUGCAAACUUCAAGUCGGAGAUUGGAUGUAUUAUCCGGAUAUGGGAGCAUACACAAUUGCUGCAUCUACAACUUUCAAUGGCUUUGCCAGACCAUCAAUGAUCUACGUCAUGACCGAAAAUGUCUGGAAUUCGAAAAUCAAGGAUUCCAGACACAUUUAA